UUCGUCUAUCAACGAACACCUGCACGUAGAGAGAGAGAGAGAGAGAGAGAGAGAGAGAGAGAAAGACAAAACAGAGAGCUGAUCCUCAGAUCCAAAUUACUAACGACGAAGCUAUCUCUCGCAUUCAUUCCUCCAAUUGAAAGCGAAGUCUGCUCAGAAGAUGGAGGAAAGGAAAUAUGUAUAAAGAAAGAACCAGAAAGGGAAGUGUGAAGGAGAGUACAAGCGAGAAAACAAUCCCGUAAAGUCGCAGCAAAAUCUAUUUCGUUUCGUCCUUGCUAUGGUUUCUGAAUUUAUACUUUUUUUCUGUGAUGAAUCCAUUCAUUCAAGUGUUUUCUCAUAUCGACCUCUUUCUGAGCGGUGACUGUUGAAUGAGUUCGGCUUUUGAAGUUUUAAUGUGUUUGCCAUUGGAGCUCUCGGUUCUUUGUUUCCCUUGCUAGGGUUCGGUUCUUUUGGAUCCUCGGAUUUCUUCUGGCAUGGCGUUGUUUCGGAAAUUCUUCUACCGUAAGCCUCCCGAAGGACUUCUGGAAAUCUCUGAGAGAGUUUUUGUGUUCGAUUGUUGCUUUUCCACGGAUGUUUUGGAUGAAGAUGACUAUAAAAUCUACAUGGAAGGUAUAGUUGGACAACUACGUGACCACUUCCCUGAUGCUUCGUUCAUGGUAUUCAACUUCCGAGAGGGAGAUAGGCAAAGCCAGCUUGCCAGCAUUUUGUGUGUGUAUGAUAUGACUGUAAUGGACUAUCCCCGGCAUUAUGAAGGUUGUCCGUUACUCACAAUGGAGGUGAUCCAUCAUUUUCUGAGAUCUAGUGAAAGCUGGCUUUCUCUGGCACCGAAUAAUGUGCUGCUAAUGCACUGUGAACGAGGUGGAUGGCCAGUGUUGGCUUUCAUGCUGGCUGGACUUUUGAUUUAUCGGAAACAGUAUACUGGGGAGCAGAGAACCUUAUACAUGAUUUACAAACAAGCACCUCGUGAGCUUCUGCAAUUGCUUUCACCACUUAAUCCACUACCUUCACAGAUGAGAUAUCUUCAAUAUGUUUCAAGGAGGAAUGUAGCUUCAGAAUGGCCUCCUUUGGACAGGGCACUUACAUUGGAUUGUGUUAUUCUGAGAAUAAUGCCUAAUUUUGAUGGAGAGGGCGGUUGCAGGCCAAUAUUUAGAAUAUAUGGACAGGAUCCUUUCAUCUUUACUGAUCGGACUCCUAAAGUUCUGUUCUCUACAGCCAAAAAAAGCAAACUUGUCCGUCUUUACAAGCAGGUGGACUGUGAACUAGUUAAAAUUGACAUCAAUUGUCAAAUUCAAGGUGAUGUUGUUCUUGAGUGUAUUAGUUUGGAGGAAGAUCUGGAACGUGAAGAGAUGAUGUUUCGUGUCAUGUUUAACACUGCCUUUAUUAGAUCAAAUAUCUUGAUGCUUAAUCGUGAUGAAAUUGACAUCUUAUGGGAUGCCAAGGAUAGGUUUUCUAAGGACUUCAGAGCAGAGGUUCUUUUCUCAGAAAUGGAUGCUGCUGCAUCACUGAUCACAGUGGAUUUGCCUGGUGUUGAGGAAAAGGAUGGUCUUCCCAUUGAAGCAUUUGCUAAGGUUCAAGAGAUCUUUAACAGUGUCGAUUGGUUAGAUUCAAAGGCAGAUGUAGCCCUAAAUGUGCUUCAGCACUUAACUGCGUCAAAUAUUCUUCAAGAGAAGGCUGUAAUCGACUUGCAGUCAAGUUCUCAGAAACUUCUUGAGAAACUGAUGCCUGUGGUGUCAGAAAAUAACAUCAAGAGUUCCACAUCCAUGGCAGUGGAGAAACAGUCCAUGCCCUCUGUGGAACCAUCUACAGAUUCAAAUUCAAUUAAAAAGAAGGUUCAGCCCCAGGACCUGCAGGUUGCUCUUCAACGGCCUGCUCAAUCUAAGAUCAUAUCACAACGAAUACCACAGACUUCUGUUUCUAAUCCAGUUUCAUCUUCUAACUCUUUGCAAGGGUCACCAGUGCCUAUGUCAAGAUAUCAUAGUGCACCUUCAGCUCUUGGCAUUACGGCUCUCUUGCAUGAUCAUGUUACUUGUGGAAGUGCAGAAGGCACUAAUCUGCGGACAACAUCACCACCUUCACCUGCUCCUUCAAUUCCCACUUCUUCACAUUUGUCAAAACCUGUGGGGUCCUGUGAUGUUUCAAAUCCACCACCACCUCCCCCCUCAAGGCCUACUUCAAUGGGUUCUAGCAAAAUAACUUCUGCAACUGCCCCUCUUCCACCAUCUCGUCAACCGUCAGAUUUAGAAGCACAUUCUUCACUGACCCAGCAUCCUGAAACCUCCUCGAUGGGUAGAGGUCAGUCAUCAGUUCCUCCUCCCCCACCUCUACCCCCUUCCUCUUUAGGGACAUCAUCUUCCAUUGUUAACUCAGAUGCUAAUCUUGCUUGUCCUCCAUCUGCAACACAGUUAUCAGGUGCCACUGUCAACAAGCCAUCAUCAAUUCCUUCCCCCCCUCCUCCUCCACGACCUGUGGCUGCUUCCUCAACUCCCUCUACAUUCAGGAAGCCAGAUUUUUCUCCUCCUCCACCAUCACCACCUCUACCUACAAAGAAGCCAGCUGCUUCUCCUGCUCCGCCACCACCUCCACCUCCACCUAUGAAGAUGAUGCCUGCUGUCUCUCCACCACCCCCACCUAUGAAGGGAGCUGUUACAGUUGGCCCUCCUCCUCCUCCACCUCCUCCUUUACAAUCUGCGGUUGUCCCAGGAUCUACUGUUACAUCUUCAGCAUCACUACCACCUCCUCCUCCAGGUUUUGCAUCGAAGAGUCCUGGCACUGCAUCUCAGAAUUCUUCUCAUGUUCCACCUGUGCCCCCUCCUCCUGCAGGUAUUCAGAGAACCUGUACACCUCCUGGACCACCUCCUAAUGCUCCAUUUGGUGCAAAGGGUCGAGGUCUGUCACGUAAUAUAAGUCAUAGGAAUCAAUCCAAAAAGACUUCCCUGAGGCCAUAUCAUUGGUUGAAGUUAACACGAGCAAUGCAAGGAAGUUUAUGGGAGGAGACUCAAAAAUCUGGUGAAGCUGCCAAGGCUCCAGAGAUUGAUAUGUCAGAACUAGAAAAUCUCUUCUCUGCAGCAGUUCCAAACUCUGAGCGUGGAGGCCCAAGUGAGAAAUCCAAGCGUGCCUCUGGACCUAAAUCUGACAAAGUCAACUUGAUUGAACUAAGAAGAGCUUACAAUUGUGAAAUCAUGCUUUCAAAGGUUAAGAUGCCACUGCCUGAUUUGUUGAGUUCGGUGCUUGCAUUGGAUGACUCAGCAUUAGAUGUUGAUCAGGUUGAUAAUCUCAUUAAGUUUUGUCCAACAAAAGAGGACAUGGAACUACUUAAGGGCUACAAUGGAGACAAAGAAAAAUUAGGGAAAUGUGAACAGUUCUUUUUGGAGUUGAUGAAAGUACCACGGGUGGAAUCUAAACUUAGAGUUUUCUCAUUUAAGAUACAGUUCCGUACCCAGGUUUCUGACCUUCGAAAAAAUUUGAACAUUGUCAAUUCUGCAGCGGAAGAGAUCAGGGGCUCUGUAAAAUUGAAGAGAAUCAUGCAAACAAUUCUUCAACUAGGAAAUGCACUGAACCAGGGCACUGCAAGGGGUUCUGCCAUUGGAUUUAGAUUGGAUAGCCUCCUUAAACUCACUGAUACACGUGCCAGGAACAACAAAAUAACUCUGAUGCAUUAUCUUUGUAAGGUUCUUGCUGAUAAACUACCAGAACUUCUAGAUUUUCAGCAAGGCCUUGUGAGCUUGGAAGCUGCAUCAAAGAUACAAUUGAAAUAUUUGGCAGAGGAGAUGCAAGCCAUCAGCAAAGGAUUGGAGAAAGUUGAACAAGAAUUAAUUGACUCUGAAAAUGAUGGUCCUAUAUCAACAAAUUUUCGCAAGACUUUGAAGGAGUUUCUUGUUGCUGCUGAAGGUGAUGUUAGGUCUUUGGCUUCACUAUAUUCUGGGGUGGGUAGAAAUGCUGAUGCAUUGGCCCUUUAUUUUGGUGAAGAUCCAGCCCGUUGCCCAUUUGAGCAAGUUGUUUCUACGCUACUCAACUUUGUGAGAAUGUUUGGGCGGGCCCAUGAGGAUAACUGUAAACAGAUUGAGAUUGAAAAGAAAAAGGUGCAAAAGGAAGCAGAAAAUGAGAAGAUGAAAGCUGGUGCUGCAAAAAAGGAACCGGAACGCUUGUUGCGGACUCCAAUUGAGAGUGGCAACAUCAAAUGAUUGAUGUCCAUGAUAUCAUUGUCUAUUCAUUAACAUGAGCAAGUUCCCCGUCUUGGAGAGAAUGUACACUCUAAAUCAUCAGUAAACGAUGCCAUAGAACUGAGGAAAAGGAAACAGUAAUGGCAGUAUACAGAGUCUAUUAUUGAUGACAAGGGGAAUGAAUGUCUGAUGACCUGGUGAACUAAGUUUGAAGGCACUAGGGAUGUGGAUGGGAUGAGAUAUUUAUGAUUGACAGCAAAUUAUACGAGGGCUGAACCUGUAUUUGAAAGAGUAAACCUUCUUCAACCUUCUCCCCACCCCCCCCCCCAAAAAAA